AUGGAAGUCGCGCUGCAUAAACAUAUCGGCAGCCACGAGAACAUCAUAGAAUUCUAUAAUACAGGGGAGAAUGAGGCCUGGCGGUGGAUUGCCAUGGAACUUGCUGAAGGUGGUGACUUAUUUGACAAAAUUGAAGCUGAUGAAGGUGUGGGCGAGGAUAUAGCGCAUGUUUACUUCUCGCAGUUGAUUAAUGCGGUUGGAUUCAUGCACUCUAAGGGAGUUGGCCAUCGAGAUAUCAAACCGGAAAAUAUUCUGUUAUCCAUGGAUGGAAACCUCAAGAUUGCCGAUUUUGGACUUGCUACGCUAUUUGAAUAUGGCGGGAAACUGAAGUUAAACACCACGUUGUGUGGAAGUCCCCCCUACAUUGCCCCCGAAGUCAUUCAGUGUAGCAAUCGAGGUCACUCAAAGGGCCGGGGCUACAGGGCUGAUAUCGCAGACGCAUGGUCAUGUGGUAUUGUGCUAUUUGUGCUGCUGGUGGGGAAUACCCCAUGGGAUAGCCCUACAGACGAGAGCUACGAGUUUUGUAACUAUGUCAAAUCAAACUCAAGGCCUUCGGAUGAGCUAUGGAAUGAUAUCCCCUCGGAUGCACUCUCACUCCUUCGUGGUAUGCUAAAGCUGGACGUUAACAGUAGGUUCAACAUGGCAGAUAUUCGCAGACACCCCUGGUUUACACGACAUAACAAACACCUUGUGGAUGGAAAGCUCGCCAACCCGGUCAAGCUUGCUACAACCAUGUUCGAGUCGCUGCACAUCGACUUCUCUCAGAACCCAUUGUCCUCAUCACAGGCACAAUCACAGCCCAGUGGCUCUGAUCCAAUGGAUAUUGAUUUGGGGGCCAGCGACGACUUGAAGCCUAAAUUUUCGUCCACCCAGCCAGAGACCCCUAUGGAUCCCAGCCUCAUGGAUUGGGACGGCCCGCCUCGACUAACAACCGGGCUCCAGUCAGCUUCACAGCCUAAGGAUGGCAUAACUACUGAUCAAGCCAUUCUUCUAGCAGAACAGCUCCUGGAAGAGCCGUCCAUGUCGCAGUUCUGCGCCACGCCAUCGGUGCCGCUCAGUCGCACCCAGAACGCGCAGCGGUUCCAGGAUAUUGUUCCAGCCUCAGGUCUCACUCGCUUCUUCUCCACCUGGCCUGCCAAAUCUUUGGUUUCUCGGAUCUGCGAGGCCUUGCAGCUCCUGCACGUCCCUGUUGCACCAAAGAUAUCCACGGAAUCGGUACUCAUCCGACUACGAACUACAGACGAUAGGAAGUGCCCACUCCAUGGGAAUAUCCUUAUAGAGACGGUGUCAGAGGGCCUUGUUGAAGUUGAAUUUGUGAAGAUCAAGGGAGAUCCACUGGAAUGGCGCCGGUUCUUCAAAAAAGUUACGAUUUUAUGUAAGGAUGCAGUUAUGAAACCCGAUCAAUGA